AUAUAGCGCACAGCUGUCAAAUUCUGGGGAUCCAAUAAGCUGCAACACUGUAAUCACCGCUCACUUGUUUCGUAGACUUUAGAGUCACAAGUCUGUGUGGACGUUGUCAGUGAUUUACGUUUCCCUUUUUUAAAACAAUAACCUUACAAAAAAUUAACAAUGUCUGGAGAAGAAGCAGCUGCACAGCAACCGAAAACUGAAGAACAAAAGCAAGACACUAAACCGGAGGAAGACAAGCAAAACGAGCAGCAGCCACCGCCUGCACAAGAAGCUGAGAAGCCCCAGGAUGAAGCUUCAUACAAGUCCUUGGUGCUCUCGGGCUACGGGGGCUACGAUAAGGUGAAGCUGCAGGUGAAAAAAGGAGAGCUUGUCCCGAAAGCCGGGGAAGUGCUGGUUCGGGUGAAAGCGUGUGGCUUGAAUUUUGCUGACCUGAUGGGCAGACAGGGUCUGUAUGACAGGCUUCCAUCCCCGCCCGUCACCCCGGGAAUGGAGUGCUCGGGGGUAGUGGAGGGUUUGGGCGAAGGAGUGACCGACAGAAAGCUUGGUGAUAAGGUGAUAGUAAUGAACAGGGCAGGCAUGUGGCAGGAAGUGGUUACCGUGCUAACCAGCCACACCUUCCUGAUGCCCGAAGGCAUGACCUUUGAAGAGGCAGCGGCGAUUCCAGUGAACUACAUCACAGCUUACAUGAUGAUCUUCGACUUUGGAAACCUAAGACCCAACCAAAGCAUACUUAUCCACAUGGCAGCAGGUGGUGUUGGAAUUGCUGCCACCCAGCUGUGCCAAACGGUGAAGGAUGUGACCAUCUUCGGAACCUCCUCUGCCUCCAAGCACGAUGCCAUCAAAGAGAAUGGAGUCACCCACACCAUAGACUACAGGACAAUGGAUUAUGUAGAUGAAAUCAGAAAACUUUCUCCCAAAGGUGUUGAUAUUGUGCUGGACCCCCUUGGUGGAUCUGACACCUGUAAGGCCUUUAACCUCCUCAAACCGAUGGGCAAACUCAUUGCAUACGGUGCUGCAAACCUUUUGACUGGUCAGAAGAAGAAUUUGAUGGCCGUGGCUAAGACCUGGUGGAACCAAUUCAGCAUCAAUGCCAUGCAGCUGCUGCAGUCCAACAAAGCAGUUUGCGGGUAUCACCUGGGCUACCUGGACGAGGAGAUGGAACUGGUGGGGGGCGUCCUGUCCAAAAUACUGGACCUCUACAAGCAGGGCAAGAUCAAGCCUAGAGUGGACUCUGUCUGGCCUUUCCAACAGGUGGGUGAUGCGAUGAGGCAGAUGCAGGAAAGGAAGAACAUUGGAAAGGUCAUUCUUGUUCCAGAGGCUGAGAAAGAAGAGAAGAAAGAGGAGAACUAGGGCAGCACAGGAGCCACGUAGCCAGCCUCUACAAAAGGUGGUUCAGUUGUGAUCAGAGUUUCAUUUGCUGAUCUUUUCAGGACCUGGAAACAGAUUUGACCGCUAAAGACCCCCCACCGCCCACCCCAACAGCCCCCUCCCUUUCUUAGAAUUAAUCACUGAAAACAUUUAAAAUGAAACCUAUUUCCAGUGACCUGGAUAUAUAAUGCCAGACCAAUGCUGCUGUGUUUUCUGCAAGUGUACUUUGCUACUAGAAGUCAGAAUGUAGAGGGUUGGCAUAGCAACAGUUCAUUGUAACCACAGAAACUGUGUUGCACUUGAUAUCCCUCAUAACACUGAGAUCCUUUUGGAACUCGCUCUCUCUCUCUCUCUCUCUCGCUCGCUCUCAGACCCUAGCUGUGUUGGCAGUUGAGUUAAGAGUCAGAAAAAAAGCCAUGCUUCUGCCAAAUAAAGACUUUUUCAGAAGGAGGAAUUUAUUCGCAAAUACUGAAACACGCAAAAAUGUACCACAAACAGGUGGCAUUAAUUAUUACAUCUGUAUUUAACACUGAGAAAUUGCCCAUUUCCUUUCCUUAGUAGUUUGUCAUGCUCCCAGAAAGGUUCUCUCUGCUUUCAGGUCCUUAACGUUUAGCAAUGGAUUAAAUCUAGUUUGUGAACCACUAAGAAAAUUGGCAUUGGUUGUGUGUGUGUGUGUAUGUGUGCUUUACUGUGCUGGGCUCAGACUAUGCAUUCCAAUAAAAUCAUUGCAAAGCUGUUCCCUGGUUAUUCUGUAAUUCACAGCUGAUGAAUUGUCUAUUGUUGGUUACAGCCUGGCGCUACAAUCUUAAGCAUGAUCUCUACGAGUAACUUCAGUUAUUCAUGCAUGGCCAUUAUUGAUGAUGAUGAUAAUGGCCCCUUUAAAAUAAAUUCAGUAUUACAAUCUGUAUUACAAAUGGGUCAAAUGCCUUACAGAAAUGUUAUAUUUCGUAUAUCAAGCUUCUCUCCAGGUUAAGCAUCCACCUGUUGCUACAUAUAGCUUUUGAAAAUGCUUUGUAUUGAAAAUGCUUUGCCUGCUUGCCUUUUAAUGGUAACCAAAUUAGCCUAGGACAGUUUUGUAUUGAUAUUUUCACAUUGCCUGCGAGUCUGAGCCCUGGUGCUUGUGUUAGGACAGUUUGUAUUGAUAUUUUCACUUUGCCUGUGUCCCAGCUCUGGUGCUUGUGUUAGGACAGUUUGUAUUGAUAUUUGCACUUCGCUUGCAAUCGCUGACCUUAUUGCACUACAAUGUUUUGUACCUGUGAUGGUUUUGCAAAGAAUUUCUUGAUGAUGAAGCUAAAAGGAAGUUUUAAGGGUGCCAAAUUGUAUAAUGUGUUUAUGUUCUUGCAGACUUAAAAAGAGGAUACACAAGUGAGCUUUUCUUCAUGAGUUUGAGGUCAUGUUCGAUCAGUAUGUGGUGCAUAUGUUUCCCUGGGAAAUAUCAUUUAACCAGUUAUUUUUUUAUUUUUUGUAACUCAUGGUAUAUUACCAAAGAAUUCUGUCCCGUUUUACUAUUUUCAUAAAGAAAAUGAAUUGCGUUGCUGAAAAAUAUAUAUAGAUUGCAAGUCUCUGGUAAUCUUAUCCCCAAAAAAUAACUGGUUCUAGAAUCAGUAGAGAAGUGAAUUCAGUUUAUUUAAAAAAAAAAAGUCAUUGACUUCCAUUUGUAUUGAGGUUAUUAUACAAAAAGUUCAAACUGCCACUGAAACUGACUAUUUUCUAAGCAUUACAUUCCUACAUGGUUUAAAAAAUGCUGAACUUCCUUUCGUGUGACGAGUCCAUGUGAUUUAGAAAGACUAACUUAACAGUGUUUUUUAACUUAACCAGUUGCACUGUAUUUUGUUAAUAGGAUAACAUGAAUUACAUUUUGAGCUUUUACAGGUAGAAUUUUAACCAUUGUAAGAAUUCAGGUAAUUUUAUGAAAGGUGUAGAAGAGGUUCAGGUUGCUCACCCCUGCUCUACAUUGAUAUAUUUUCAACCACAGUAAAUUAGUUUAUUAGGUAUAUUGAUUAAGAAAAUAAUGAGCACCUGUUUUAGUCCCCAAGAUGAAAAUCGCAAAGCUUUGAAGAGGCUCGCGAAGUACUAGCUCAAUAGUCCGUGGCAGAUCUUUUAUAAGGGAGUAUUGAUAAGCCUUUGAUAUAAAGAAAUCCUUUAUAAAUGCUGCAUUGCUAACAAACCAUUGAAGAGGUUACUGUGCCUUGUCAUUUUUUGUACUUUGUCACAUAGCCUUACUACAGUUGCCAGUUUGUAAACCUUUGUACUAAAUUUGAUAAUUUAAAAUCCACUGUCCUCUUAUUAACUCUAAAAACAUUAUUACUGGUCCACUUUUUUUUGUUUUUGGUUCUUUAACUCUCUAAACUGCAUUUAUAUUUCUAUCUGCCUAUUAUCUUCUAUAUGUGUACCCAAUUUAUUUAUGGAUUUCAUACCCAGUUUACCAUAAUUUGGUUUUUGGGUUGUUCAUUUGUAUUUCGUCUCUAAAUAUGCUGCUGCAUAAUAUAGCUUGUGUGUUGCGCUAUUAAACACAAGGGCUCAGAUGGCCAUGGUUCUUUACCCAUGACACCUUUCAAAUCUGUGCCUCAACACUCAUCUCUCUGUCACUCUCAGGACUCAACACAUGAACAGAGUACUGGUUCAAAAAGGGAAUAUUAAAGUGUGCCCAUGAUUUGUAUUUUGGAAAUUGAGUAUACCGAAACAACCUGACCUUACUUUUGAAGAUACACAUCAACGGACCAAAGAAACAUUCCAGAAACAAAAUAAAUAAAUACAAAAAUUAAGACCUGUGUGCCAACUGACUUUAGAUUUUUAUAUUGCAUCUUAGAAACGAAAAUAAAUCCCAUGAAUUUCUAUUUCAAUGGUUUUCCAGGCUCCUAAAGGGUGUGGAUCUGUGGUACCAUUUGUAAAACAGGUGAUUCAAGUAAAACUGGAUUAUGUGCACUGUUGUUAAAAGCCAUCACCAAGCUCUUCAUCCUGUAAUACCUUUUUGCUACUGCAGUAAAUAAUUAUUAAACACGCCUCAACUGUAAGGCCAGGAUCCAUUUAUGCAUGGUCAGUUGCCUCUAGACAUGGGUUAUUCUGUUCUACAGAGCCUUGGUUAAAUAAAGGGUCUUGUGCUUUCUGUUCCCACAUGCACACACAUGCAGUCAGUCGUAGUGCGUAUGUUUCUGUGCAAGCAGACAUGGGAAAUCUCAAGCACUUCAAGCUCUGGAAAGUUUCAGGCCUAAUUUUAGUUUUUUGUUUUGUUUGAUCAUUUAAUAGGCACUCUGAAACCCAAGGGUCUCCAAUUGUAGCCUCAUUCUUCAAAACAGCUUUUCAUUUGGUAAUGAUGUACUUUCACCUAAACCAUUUUUUACCUCCAAUUUUAUAUUCUAAUCUCAAUUCUUUUAUAUCAAAGAGCUACCAUAAAGUGAUGUUUACAAAAACAGUGCAUUUACACUCCAUGUGCUGUAGUGUCAGUUGAUUGCAAAGAGUAUGGUCUGCAACUGGAAAGCCUGGUGAUGGCUGUUUGAUUUUACUAUUAAAUGAGGUGCUAGACUACACCUUCUGUUUCAACAAAACAUAAAGCAACUUGUGAUCUUUUUGUCUAGUUUCUUUUACCUGUUAAGAUAAACGUUGGCUUUUCAUGCUGUAAUUGAACCCUAUGAUGUAAUUCAAAGUUUGUGUUAAAACUUUUAGAACAAUUCUGCUUUUCGUGCUUCGUAUCCAGGUUGAACAAAAUUUGUAGCAAUGCUGUUUACAUGAACUAGAACCUGUAAUGCUUUUCUGCCUAAUGUUACCAUAUGCCUUACGUGUUUUCCAAUAUUAAUAAAAAGCAUAAUAAAAAUAAAA